AUGCAUAUGCUGAAUUUAAGAAAAUUACAAACCGAGGACGUGCAUAAGCAUGAAAUAAGAUUUCAAUUAAAACAACUAUUCUACAAAGUGGAUCGAGAGAAUCGAUUUGAUAACUGUAUUCUCAUUGGACGUGAAUUUACCAUUAAGGAUGUAUUGGUUCCUGAAGUCUUACAGAAAAAUAUGGGAAAAUCGGUGCUAAUUCAAACCUUCGUACAUCAAUUUUGUAAUGCCUGCCUUAAAUUGAAUAAAAACUUUUUGAUUUUCAUCUAUUGGCAAUAUGGGGAUGAGGACAAAUAUGUUAGCUUUUUAUCGCGGGUUUUACAAUAUAAGCUACAAAAUCGCAUUAUUCUAUUGGCGGAACAUAUGUCUCAGGCUUUUGCCAGCAUCGUUGUGUGGCACAUGCUUAGGGCAUGCUCCAAACAGAAAAUAAUUAAUGUCAUCGUUUUGCUGGGAAAUUUCUAUGAAGAUCCAGUAUUCUACGCAUUCGAAAUGUUUCCUGAAUUCGAAGUGGUUACGAAAAGCUUUGGUCAUGAUGUUGGCAACAAUGUUGAAUUCUUUCCCAAUAAAAUGGCAAAUUUGUAUGGUCAUAAAAUUCGAACAUAUCCCGAUCAAAUGAUACCUCGAUCAGCUUUACAUCGCGAUCAAUAUGGGCAGGUUGUAAUGAAGGGUUAUGUGGUGAGUUUUCUCGAAGCAUUUGCCCAGCAAAUCAACGGCUCCCUGUCAUGGCCUCUGUUCCUGCAGGAGGAUAAACCGGUAUUCUAUCAAAACAUAUUCGAUUUGGCCAAAGCUGAUCGCUUCGAUAUACCAGCAGCAUUG